GCGAGGAAGCCGAAUUUGGGCUUUCGCUGCGAAGGGAAAUCUGGCUCUUCCGAAAGACUUGCAGGGCGAGAGCGGAAAGGGCCCAGGGACUGUGCUGGGGUCGCACAGCCGGCCGGGACAGAGAGCCAGGCUUCCUAGCACGCCCGGUCACUGACUCCGCGGCUUCCUUGUGCGCCUGCAGCCCUUGGUUCUUGGAAACGCCGACGCCUUGUCCGGGGCCGGUGGGGCUGGGGCGCCAAGAUGCUGCUGAUAGUGCCGGAGAGGAGCCUCAGUCUCUGGUGGAGUUGGGUCGCGGGUGUGGGGAGCCAGGAACGCCUCCUCUGAAAAAUGGCAGAAGCAGUUUUCCAUGCCCCAAAGAGGAAAAGAAGAGUAUAUGAGACUUAUGAGUCUCCCUUGCCAAUCCCUUUUGGUCAGGACCAUGGUCCUCAGAAGGAAUUCAAGAUAUUCCAUGCUGAAAUGAUUAACAAUAAUGUAAUUGUGAGGAAUGCAGAGGACAUCGAGCAGCUCUAUGGGAACGGUUAUUUUGGAAAAGGUAUUCUUUCAAGAAGCCGUCCAAGCUUCACAAUUUCAGAUCCUAAAGUGGUUGCUAAAUGGAAAGAUGUGAAGACAAACAUGCCUAUCAUCACAUCAAAGAAGUAUCAGCGUAGUGUUGAGUGGGCGGCAGAGCUGAUGCGUAGACAGGGGCAGGAUGAAAGUACAGUGUGCAGAAUCCUCGAGGAUUACACGAAACCGCUCGAGCAUCCUCCUGUGCAAAGGAAUGAAGAGGCUCAAGUGCAUGACGAGCUUAACUCUGGAAUGGUUUCCAACAUGGAAGGCACAGAGCGGGGAGAGACACCUUCUGUGGUAAACAGGGACUCUGGAAAGUCAGGUGGUAUGGGCGAUCCCAGUGAGCCAUUAGGCUGCCUGCAGAAGGGCUCUGGGUGCGACCCACCAACAGAUGGCUUUGAGAAAAGUGUGGGAGAGGACUCUUCACCUCUGCUCCAAGUCUGUUGCUGCAAACAAGAUGCCCUCAUCCUCCAGCAUGGACCUCACCUUGAGGACAACAGCCAGCAUGUCAGUCUCCUGCAUGCUGGGGACAAAGGGCCUGACCACGAGUAUGUGCUGGUUGAGGAAGAGGAGUGUGCUGUGAGCAAGAGGGAGGAUGCCCCAAAUGAGGAAUUGGUGCAAAGAAGGAGACUAAUAUGCAAAAGAAAUCCAUACAGGAUCUUUGAGUAUUUGCAGCUUAGCCUAGAAGAGGCCUUCUUCUUGGUCUAUGCUCUGGGAUGUUUAAGUAUUUACUAUGAGAAGGAGCCUUUAACUAUAGUGAAGAUCUGGAAAGCUUUCACUGUAGUUCAGCCCACAUUCAGAACCACCUACAUGGCCUACCAUUACUUCCGAAGCAAAGGCUGGGUGCCCAAAGUGGGACUCAAGUACGGGACAGAUUUAUUGCUAUAUCGGAAAGGCCCUCCAUUUUACCAUGCAAGUUAUUCUGUCAUUAUAGAGCUAGUUGAUGACCAUUUUGAAGGCUCUCUCCGCAGGCCAUUCAGUUGGAAGUCCCUGGCUGCCUUGAGCAGAGUUUCUGUUAAUGUCUCUAAGGAACUUAUGCUGUGCUAUUUGAUUAAACCCUCUACUAUGACUGACAAGGAAAUGGAGUCACCAGAAUGUAUGAAAAGAAUUAAAGUUCAGGUGGGUAAACAGAGAAAUCAGUGUCAUCCCAAAGAUUCUAUGCAUCAUGGUGUACUGGAACAUGUGGUCCCAAGCAAAUAAAUGAAUAUAGUCUUGCCUUGGUAAUAGAGAGCCUUCUUAGGCUCUUUAAGUCUGUCACCUUUUCCCCACUGAACCCAUUGGACACAAAAUCUAUGCUGACUUCCACUAUUCCUUAAUUCCCCACUUCUUUACCUAUGAUGUCCUCAUCACUCAGCUGAAACUGCUCUCUCACAGAUAGCCUGUGACCUCCUGGUCAGGCCAGGACCUUUCACAGGUCUCAUUCCCAGAGACCGGAGGUAUCCCUGUUGACUCACUUCUACUUCGGGGCUUCUGUAUUGAACUAAGGCACCUCCUGUUGUCUUGGCUGGUUUCUCUCUGGUCUUGCUGAGUUGUCUAGUGUGUCCAUGUUUCUGCAUUCCCUCCUUCUGUGUGUAGAGCCUUAACAUUGCUAUUAGCUCCUCCCCACGUCAAGUAUGUCAUUGUUGUCAUCCUCUCUUGUACACGUCACCCUUUCUUCUUUUCACACCACCCUGCCCCCUGCAGACCUGCCGGUCGGUCUCCAAGGCGCCAGCACCUCCUCCCUUCAGUUGGUCCCACUUAUCUCCACUAGGCUAGUUUUUCAUAAAAUGCUGUUCAACCUCAUUUCUCCCUUCUCAGUAGCUGGCCCAGUUACAGCAACGCCAUCACAGACCUAGCUCUAAUGUAAAAUCCUGUCUUUUAUCCAGCCCACCUGUUCCUGAAAUGUGCUGGUAGAACACCACAGCAAAGGCAAGCUUAGCUUUUAAAAUCUGCCUGGUGAAAGUGGAUGCUAUUUGCUCGUAAGGUUUAUAUUGUUACAUUCAUUUUUUCCAGAUGUUUCUGUUACAAAGAUGGGAACAGUAUCAUCAUUAUCUAGACAAGUGUUUGUGAAAUGUAGCUGUGGUAUCAACUACCCAGAAUGGUCUUCCAUUUCCGUUUUAAGAAAUUGUCUUUUAUUUUGAUUGGUUGCAGGAGGUGAUUCUGAGUCGAUGGGUUUCUUCACGAGAGAGGAGUGACCAAGACGAACUUUAACAAUUCA